UACCCCCCCCCCCUUCCAGUCACACGAAUCAUUCUUCACCGAAACUUACUUUUAUCAAUUUGUUUGUAGGAGUUAGAAAUUGAUGAGAAUGUACAAGUCAUUCUUUCUCCACCUCCCCAAUUCCAAGACAACCAAGAGUGUGCAUCUACUGAUGAGCCUGCCAUUCACAAUGACAUUGGGACAGACACAUAUGAAAUGGCUACACAAACCACAUAUGGAUUGAUUAAACGCAGGCAUGUCUCACUACAGACAGAUAUAAGAGUCGCUGUAACAUCUACAGGUACCCACACAGAAUUUGAGACAGACUGUUUACCUGUCAAUCUGAACGAAAGCAUGGACUUAAUUUCCAGCCUCGAGUCAACAGAGUCAGAGUGGAUCCCACAAGAGGAGGUGGACAUGACAGAAAAUGACGAAAACAAUAAUCCCCACGACAUAACCGUACCACCACAAAAUCACCAAAGCAGAAAAUUUGUUGUUUUUGAAGAGCGUCUUGAUCAGCUUUUGAACCAAUGUGUUGCAUGUGGACAAAAAUGUGUAAAUAACAAGACUGUUGUUGGGAGUAUGCUGUCUGUGUCAAGAAUAUGUGUUUGUGGUGAAAGUUUUACAUGGAAAUCUCAACCUCUCAUUGGAUCAAUGUCUGUUGGAAACCUUGUCCUGUCUGCUGCAAUUCUGAUAAGUGGGAACAGUAUAGUUCAAAACUUGAUGAUGUUUAAUCAUGCGAACAUAGUGUGCUUUUCGGAAAGGACAUUUCAUAAUGUUCAACAAAGUUACUUGGAUGCCCUUUUUGAUAACAUACGACGAGACAACACUGGUGUAGAUGCUAGAUGUUGUUCACCGGGGCAUACAACCAAGUAUGGAUCAUACAGUUUGAUGGAUCUUGAGCGGCAACAGAUCCUUGAUGUAAAAUUGGUUCAGAUUAUGCCAUCGAAUUGAUGCAGGAAGCGAUCAAUGUGAAACAAGAAUUUGGUUCCUACAGAAACUCCAGGGAGUUUAUAGUGGAUGUGAUUGGUAAUUCUCCUGCUCCGAUUGCGAACUCCUACAAACAUGUGUCAAAGUCUGAUCUUCUUACCAGCCAUGUCAGCCGCUUCAAUAAGAACUGAUGUUUUAUUGUUUUUGAAAUACAGUGUACAUGCAUGCGUCCAUACAGUCUAUUUUUGAUGUCCAUGGUUGUUUUUUUUAAAUAUACAUGUUUGUAACUUUUAAUUUUGUUGUCACUAGCCACUCAAGUGACCUAUUGCAUUUGGUUUGUGUUUGUCGUUGUGCAUCAAGAAUUGAACAAUUUUAACUUUUCUUGAUAACUACCAUUCCAAUACUUUUCAAAUUCUGUAUGAAGUAUAUUUUGGGUUUGUUGGACAAGACGAAAACUGCCAAAAAUUGACUAAUUUUAAAAAUUCCUGUUCUCUACAACCUCACAUUUGUAACAUGUAUAAGAAUAACUGUAGGCAUAGCAGAAAAGCCUCUACCAAAAUUUUAAAUUUCAUUAUUCCCUGGGUAGAUAAAUAUGAAAAUUAGAAAAAUUGCUAUAUAUUUCAAAGCUCUUGGGUCUAGUGAUACUUUUAAUUAAAACUCAGUAGACUUAUGGGGCCUGUGGGCCUUUUGUGUUUAACCCAAAUUAAAUUAAUGAUGAUUGAUAUACAUAUAUGCACAAUAUAAAAACUGAACAUCAAACCAUGUUGUUGAUAUGUAUUUUUAUCAAUUAUGAAAAAUGCAUGAAAAAUUUAUCACAUAUAUAAAUCAAGAAGGGUAUUUACAUCCACAGUACUGUUGUGAUGGAAAACAAUUUCUAAUUUUAGUCACAGCACAGGAUGGAAGAACUUUCCGGUUGUUUUUCCCAAGCCGUUGCCAGAUCCAACGAACGAAUCUUCUGUACGCUAGAUGUCUGUAAACUCUGUUUUAAAAAAUAACAAAAAUUUAGAUUUUUCAAAUAUAAUCUUAGCCAAUAAGGGUGUGCAACUUCAUCUGCAAAAAGAGGUAGGGUGUUGAAUUUAGGAAUAACGUAAUAAUAUACACGCAUAAUAUGUUUUGUCUACAAUAUUGAGCUGGAGAUGGUAUGAUAAUGAUUCUUAUGAAUAAUUGUUGUAAACAUUUAAAUACAAGCGAUGAUUGGAAAAAUGCGUUUGAAUCAAAAAUAAACUUUAAUGUAUGCACAUAAUCUACACGGAAAACUAUGCAUAUGAUAGGAUUUUCUUACGGCGUAAAUUAAACGUAAAUAUACUAAACAUAUAAUUUCAUGGUUUAUAGGUUUUUUCUUUGAUUGCACUAUUUUCUUUCAUUGAACUUCAACAUAGAUACAUGGGUCAGAAUGCAAGAAAUAGUAUGGAUACAAGAAGAAAAUUCAUGAUGUUGAUUUUAGUUUCAAUUAAUAUGUACAGACUAUUUCACAAAUAUGUUAAAUAUCGAUUGUCCACAUUGAUUUAGUUUAAUUAUUAUCGUCUUGGUAUUAUAAUACCACAAUGGAACUGUAUAGUCCAAAUUCAUUAUAUUAUCUACACUUUACAAUGUGAUCAAAACACAUACAUGGCAAUUUCUAUGAAUCUGUAUUGGGCUGAUCAGUUCUAUCAAAUAAAAUAAAAUGAUUUCUCACAUGCAUAACAUACUUGAUUUAUCAUUCGUAAUCUAUGAUUUAUAUCAUUUAAUAGAAAUAAAAUUAUCUUUUACAUUUUAAUUAUCAAAUUCAUUAAAUGUAAUAUCACUUGUGACAUUGGCAUGUCAUAUUGACAUGUCAUACCCUAACGUAAAGAGACAUACGAUUGAAAUUAGCAUUCUGUCUUACAGGAAUUUCAAGGGAUAUGAUCUCCUGGUCUAGUGACGGUUUGUAUUAAGUAGAUAGAUAGCUAGAUAGAGAAUAUAGUAAUAUAUAUUCAGAUUGAUAUUUGAGUUGAUUUAGCAUUUCAUUACUUGUAAUAGUCAUGUAAUAUGCACACCAAUUUAACGGACAAAUCGAUAUGGUCACAAACAGGAUUGAAAUUAAACGCGAAAGGAAAAAAUGAUUACAAACGAAUAUAAUUUACAAUUUGUCUGAAGAUAAAGGAAGACAAACAGUCUGGGAGUAUAAGGAAAUAAAUAAAAGUCUUCCAAGAGACGAGUGUUA